GAAAUGAGCAAUUUGCACUCUGUUCAGUGUCCGGGGACUGUGACACUUGUUGAGACCGUUUCUCUUUAGCUUUGUAAGUAAAAUCUGAGACAAUGGGGCAUUGAAAACGCCUAAACCCCAAUUAACCUUAAUCUAAAUUUACCCAUUUAAAUACUUCUAGUGUUUUUCACUUGCUUGAUUAUCAAUUGCAGUAAGAAUUUGAUUAGUGGAAUUUCCAGUGGAGUUGUUGUUAAACAUGAUGAGAUGGGAAAGGGUAGGUGUCAAUGGGGGUGGUGGGCCUGGGAAGAGGUGGGGACACACAUGUAACGCUGUACAAGGAGGGAGGUUUUUCUAUGUUUUUGGGGGUUUUGGUGAUGACAAUAGACAUACAAAUAAAAUUCAUGUCUUUGAUACUGUUAAUAGAAUUUGGAGCGAGCCAUUGACGAAGGGAGCUUUGCCUUCACCCAGGGAUAGCCACAGUUGUACAACCAUUGGAGAUAAGCUGUUUGUGUUUGGGGGCACAAAUGGGAGAGUGCCGCUUAAUGAUUUGCAUAUUUUCGACACUUCUUCGAAUACAUGGAUAUCACCCAGCCUAAGAGGAGAUCGCCCUAAUCCAAGGGAAGGCCACAGUGCAGCAUUUAUUGGUAAACGGCUUUUCAUAUUUGGCGGAUGCGGAAAAUUUGAUGACGCUGAAAUAUUCUAUGAUGAUGUUUAUGUAUUGAAUACAGAGACAUUGGUUUGGAAACGCAUUGUGCCAUCAGGCAUUCCGCCAAGUAAGCGUGAGAGCCAUUCCUGUUCCUCUUGGAACAGUAAGAUUAUAAUUAUAGGUGGUCAAGACACAUCUAACUAUUAUCAGUCAGAUGUUCAUAUAUUUGAUGCAGAUACCCUUUCUUGGUGUAAGUUGAACACUACGGGCCAGAUCUUGCCACCGCGAGGUGGGCAUACAGCCGUAUCAUUGGGCAAGAAUAUUUUUAUCUUUGGGGGUUUCACUGAUGAUCAGAGCCUAUUUGAUGACGUUUACAUGCUUGAUGUUGGUAUGUUAUCUGCUGCUGGCAUAUGGAGUGAGGUCAUUCCCACCGGUGAGGGCCCAUCUGCCAGAUUUGCAGUUGCUGGGGAUUGUUUAGAUCCACACAUUGGAGGUACUCUUGUGUUCAUAGGUGGUUGUGAUAAGAACCUUAAAGCCUUGGAAGACAUGCAUUUUCUACAUACAGGCCUUGCUAGAGGGGAUGAGCGAGACGAAAGAAGGCUAGAGAAGCUGUCUCUGAGGAAGCAGUUGAAGUUGAAAUGCCAGGAGCAACAAGCUUUAUCUUCUCCCUACAGUCGGCAGAAUGUUUAUUUGAACGAGUACCAGACUCCUCUGGGGAAGAAGACUUUUCAAGCCAAGGUCACAAAGAAUUUUCCAGAUGGCUAUACCGUUGAAACUGUUAUAGAUGGAAAAUGUCUUCGUGGAAUACUAUUUUCCAACAAACCAAGGCCUAAUCAGACUCCCUGUAAUGAUUCUAUCAGGAAUAUGGGAAGUGGUGAAACUGAUAGAGAAAAGCAGAAUGGCGACCAUGAUUCUGUUAGAGAAGUUACAAGACCUUCAGAAGCAAAUGCAAAUGACUUCCAGCAAGCAGAUGUCUCUGGUGGGAAUUCUCUCAGAAAUGAGGCCCCAGUUGAAGAUGCUACAGCUGAAACCACCCAUGAGGUUCAUGGCGUGCCCCAUGAUGUGAAUUUGGAAAGCAGUAUGCUGACUGAUGCAGUAGAUCGUGGUACUAAAGUCUCCAAGGAGAAUGCUACUGCAACAACUGACUCGUGAAUCCUCUAUUGAAGAUAAGAAUCAAUAGAACACUGAUCAGCCUUGUGCAAUUUUGACUUCAAGAUGGUGGGUAUUUCCUAGAAUCCCCUCUUCUUUACGGCCCCAAGACGGUUUGUCAAUAUAAGAACCAUUUGUGAAGAUGGCGGAGGGAGCUGAACCGCUUUAUCUCUACAGGUUUGCUUGAGGAUAUCACAAUUUCAUUUUCCUCGAGUUUCAUAGUUUUGGGUGAAGAUUCCCAAUGGAUCAUAUAUGAUAUGAUUUUAUAAGCAACAAAGAAUCAUAUGUAGUGUGUUGUCACUAGCUAAGCUAAUAGUAGAAGCAGGAGACGAUUUAUCAAUUUCCAGUCACGUUGUUUCUAUUAACUAUGAAGUGCUAUCUGUCUCCCUGGCCUGUUUCAUAAUCAUUUUUUUUUUU